AUGACUGCGAGUGUGAGACAGCAGCAGCAACUUGCAACCACAAACGAGAAUCCGCAACCGGCAACUACCGGUGAUUCGCAGCCGGAAACCCCCUCUGAGGAAGGACCAGAUGCCAUGAGAGAGAAAUCCGGCUAUGAGAGACUGUCGCGACCUACCGUCAACCUGAAGCUUAUCAAGAACUUUUCAAAAUGGGCCAAGCGUUUCGUGUACAAUACCCUGCAAUCUACUCCCGCAAACCGUGGUUCCCUCGAAUUCUGGCUGGACUUCGAGUGGUUCAGUCUGCGACCAGAGGUUGUGAAACAACUUGCCUCUACAACAAUUCCCUCACAUGGUUUGCUCAAUUACCGCCCUGCCCACUCCUUCUACGGCCUCCUACCCUGCGACGACAACGAGCUUUCGCUCCUUUAG